AUGGGAGCCCUCAAGCUAGUCUUUGUCACGGGGAAUGCGAAUAAGUUACGAGAGGUCAAGAAGAUCUUAUCUACGGACGUCUCAUCUGAGGAUUCGCUCAAAAUCGAAGUGGACUCUAAAGCACUAGAUCUCCCCGAGGUCCAAGGAUCAACUCAAGAUGUUGCGAGAGAAAAAUCUAGAGCUGCUGCGAAAUUGAUCGGUGGACCCUGCAUAACCGAGGAUACGGCAUUGUGCUUCAAGGCCAUGGGCGGCUUGCCAGGUCCAUAUAUUAAAUGGUUUUUAGAAAAGCUAGGAUUAGACGGAUUGAAUAAGAUGCUCCAAGGAUUCUCGAGCACUGAAGCAACAGCCUUGUGUACAUUCGCAUACUGUGAACCAGGAAAAGAACCGAUCCUAUUCGAAGGAGCAACAGAAGGAAACAUUGUACCCGCACGAGGGCCCACCAAUUUCGGAUGGGACCCAAUCUUUGAAGUCUCAGGAACUGGGAUGACAUAUGCGGAAAUGCCAGCCGAGCAAAAAAACAGCCUCUCUCAUCGUUCGAAAGCUUUGGACAAACUUCGUCAACACUUUUCGAGGCGGUGA